AUGGACAGGGCCCCGCCGCGCGGCGCACCUCGCGACGCCGUCGGCCAGCGGUGGCUCGCCGUCUUCGUCUUCCAGGCCGCGCUCUGGGCCGCCGCCUCCGUACUCCACCUCGCGGUCUCCCCGAGCCGCCGCCACCCUAACCUCGGGGUACCCCCGCCCUUCCUCCUCGGGCUGCACGCGCCCCUCUCCUGCGCCGGCACGGGGCUCCUCGCGCUCGCCUUCCUCAUCUCCGCCUCGCCCCACCCGGGCCCGCCGCCCGUGCCGAAGCUCGCCCUCGCGGCCUCCCUCUUCGCCUCGGCCGGUGCGCUCUGCGUGGCCGCCGCGGCGUCUCUGGUCCCCGAGGACGCCGGAUGGGCUGCCGUCGCUGGGCUGGGAUUCCGCGGCGCUGUGUUGGGCGCGGUGUUCGCCGCUCACUACUUUGGGCGCGGGAGGUGGUUGCUCCAGUUCCCCGUCGUGCAGAGACCUAUGUUCUAUGGAUUAAAGAUGGGGCUUCUACCAUCUAUUAAAAGGGCUCUAAAGAUGUCGCUUCAGGUCUUCUUGCUUUCACUUGUCCUGAUUCUUAUUCUUCCUCGGCAAUUCAGAAUGGGAGGAUCCAUUGGAAGUCAAAUUAUCACCCAAAUCGCUAUUUUUAUAGUGACCACAGGUGUUUCCUUCUGUUGGGAAAUAAGCCAUCAUUUUGUCCAGGUUGUGCACACAAGAAGAUGCAGUUUUACUCCACCUCAGAGUUCUGCUGCUGCAGAGACUAAUCCGACUGAUUAUAUCCUCGAGACUCUGGAACUAAGUAAUCCACGGUCGCUGAUGCAAUAUCUUGCAUUCCAAGAUUUGUGUGCAGUAUCUGAAUGUAACAUCGAACCUUGGCGUCGAGGUGCCUUCUUUGAGGAAUCUGGUGAAACUUACAAAAGAAUUGUGACAGCCUGUUUGAAGCCACUUGAGGAGUUCACUUCAAAAAUUGCUGAAGCACUUGAAGGGUUUACUAGUGAAAGGCCAGAACUAUUGUUACAACAGUCUAAGCUCUAUGGUGCAUUUAGUGAUUCACAGAUAUGCUCAUGGUGUGCUCGGACAUUGGCGACAUUAACUGCACGCUCACGACAAGAGGAUCGCUAUGGAGUUGCUCAACUCACUGGCUGCAAUGCUGCUGUGAUGUCUACUUUGCUGUCUGCUCUAGUUGCGGUUGAAGCAUGUUUAGGGAAGAAAACUAACCCACAACCUGCGCACUCACUGGGUCCAGCAAGCAUUAAGUGGGGUAAUAACUUCUCCACUGCAAGAAAAGGCAAUGUAACAACCAUCGCAAGCACACAAAGAGGUGGUCUGCACACUAAAGCUCAUUCAAUGGCUGAUGUUUUCCGGACUUCAAUUUAUCAGAUAGUCUCAGCCUUCUUGGAUGACAUGCGGGCAAAUGCAAAAGCUUCGAGUUUGGAGAAGAAUUGGAUCAGUGAAGGAAGAAAACCUAUAUAUGGUUCACGUGCUGUGUUGGUUCAGAAGUUGAGCUUGUUUAUUGAAUACCGAGCUGUCUGA